AUGAUGGAGGAUGACACCAAGCCCCCAACAACAUCAUUAACAGGUGUAAAGGAACAUUUACAAUGUACAGGUUGUCUAUCAUUACUAGUACAGCAUGAUCUAGCAAAUAGUAAUAACAAUGACAACAACAACAACACUAAUAAUAAUAAUGGAGGUGAUACCACAACGAAUGGUUCACCAACAAUAGAGUCUAUUUUGGAUACUAAUGAAUACAUUGAUAUUGGCGAAUACUUGGACGAUCCGGAUUCAUUGCGCACAGAGCUACAGCAGUCAGACAAUGGAUGGCAGCUCUUUUACAAUGUGAUAUCUUGCGAUAAGAAUCAUCUGUUUCAAUCGGUGCUCAAGUGUUUGCAAUGGUGUCUGGGCGCACAUCGUCAUUACGACGUACUGACCGUCAAUGAGAGUCUGACUGCAUUGACACUGGUUCACUCAAGUCAUGCCAAUGCUGAUGGUGGCAGUGGUGGUGGUGUUGGAGGCGAAUCAAUGUCACCUGACAAUCAAUCAUCGACCAACAUACCAAACAUUCCGCCUCCUCCACAUAUGAUCUAUGGCAAGGUUGGCAAUAGUCACACCAUCAUCUUUGAUGAACAAUCCAGUAUCCUUCGCAUCCCCUUAUUUGGACAGGUAGCCAUUGGUGAGAUCAAGAUCACACCUUUCACUCGAGCCGAGCUUCCCCUGCUCACUCAAAGUAAACUGAUAAGAUUCCUAACCAAGCGAUCAUCAGUAGAAAUGGAAAGGAUAAAGUAUGAGGAGUUGUUGAACUUCUUUGUGGAGUACUCUUGCGCGAGUUCGAAUGAACACUUUCACAGCCUCACCAAGUACCUUUGUUACUAUUUGGACGCCAACUAUGCAAUGGUAUGCCAGUUCAUUCCACCCGACACUGGAAUGACCUUGUCAUUCUGUCGCGACGGUGUCAUUCAGAAGAACAUGGAGUAUCAAUUGCCUGGCACACCCUGCUACGAGCUACAUCGCCGUAAGCCUGUAUACUACUCAAACAAUCUCAUUCAAGCAUUUCCAGAGGAUAAGUGGCUGGAGGACAAUGGAAUCGAAUCAUACCUGGGCAUCCCAUUGAUGGACUCUACGGGCGAGAUGCUCGGACAUCUCACUGUGAUGAGCAACAAGACCAUCAACUCUGACAUCAUUCACACUUCAUUGAUGGCUGCCGUCGCCAACAAGAUAACAAUGGAACUCGAGAGAAGGAAAGUUAGCGAGAACUUUGCCGUUACCAAGGAGUUGUUGAACCAAUUCCCAUCUACCUCGGUGAUACUUACCGACUCGUCUGGCAAGAUAUCAAGGACGUUUGGUGAACAAUUGUUUGAGUUCCACGGCAAAGAGUUGUUCAAUCAAUCAAUCGACAAGAUACAGAGUCUGGACAUACAAACUGCACAAAGCUCAAACGAUUCGUUCCAGCCACUGUCAACGAUGGUCCCCACAUCUGAACCAAGUCGAGAGAUAAAGAGGGAGAUUGUGUGCAUCAAGAAGACGAACAACAACUUCCCAGCAGAGGUAUUCGCAAAAGAUCUGACACUGAACGAGAAGUCAAUUGGUAGGAUGUACGUGAUCAGAGAUAUCACAGAGACCAGGAACAACCAACGUGUUCUUGUCGAGGCGAGAGACCGUGCCCUUCAAGCCAUUCAAAUGAAGACCCAGUUCAUGGCAUCGAUCAGUCAUGAGAUCAGGACACCCAUGAAUGCAGUAAUUGGAUUGUCAGAGAUACUUUUGUCGUCCAAUCUACCACCAAGUCAAAUGAGCAUUGUAGAGGUGCUACACAAGGCAGCUGAACUGUUGUACUCUAUCACUUCGGACAUUCUUGAUUUCCAAAAGAUUGAAGCCUCCAAGUUGGAGCUGGAGAUACUAGAGUUUGACUUUAGAGGCUGUAUCGAGGGCAUCGUCCACACCCUAUCGCUCUCAUUAGACAAGCCAAUAGAACUCCUAUUGACAUUCGACGAUCAUAUACCAAAGAUACUCAAAGGAGACCCUAAUAGAAUAAGACAGAUACUAUUGAACAUUGGACAAAACUCAAUCAAGUAUACUAAUAGUGGACAUAUAUUCAUUGACAUUGCACUUAGCCUGCGAGAGGGCAAUAGGUGUGAGGUCACUUUCACCGUGGAGGACACUGGCAUUGGCAUCGAUGACAGCCAGAAGAACAAACUGUUCCAGCCUUUCUUACAGUUGGACAGUGGUACCACAAGACGCUACGGUGGCUCUGGUCUGGGCCUGGCAAUUUGCAAGAAGAUGGUCGACCUCAUGGGUGGCAAGAUAGGCCUGGUCAAGAGUGCGCCAAACCGUGGCAGCACUUUCUCGUUCACAAUCGUGCUGGAGGAUUCACAGAUGGAGCUGGCGGCUGGACCGCCCGCCGAGCCCGCCGAGGGCAAGACCGAGUUGAGUGCCUGUCGUAUCAUGCUCGUCGACGACUAUGGCUUUGGCAGGAACAUACUCAUUCGCAAGCUGCAUCAAGAUAUCUCAUCGUGCUCGAUCCAGACGCUGUCCACCGACCAGCUGACCGAGAUUAUCAAUCUCAAUGACAUAGAGUCCAUCGCCAAUGUGGACUUGUUCAUACUGGUGGAGAGGGACUGCAGCAGCGACUAUGACUUCUUCUCAAUCUCACACUCUCUGUCCAAAUUGACAGAGGCCAAGAUUGUUCUGGCCACAAACCAGCCCAAUCACGAUCAGAAGAGGACACAAUUCUUUGUACUUCACAAGCCACUCUCGUCCAACCAAGUCAUCAAAGUGUUGGAGAGUGUCGGUGUGGCCGGCCGAGGUGGUGGAAGCGGCAACAGACUAAGUGCGAGCAACAGCAGUAGCAGCAUAGGCAGCAACAGCAGUAGUAGUAGCACAAGUUGUACGAGUGGAACGAGCAACAAGAGACGUCUGGAAGAGUGCAACGAAGAGGGUGGCGAGUCAGCGACAACUCAACAGCCACCCGAGAAGAAACAGACAAGACUGUGUUCCUCGCAGACAUAUACAUCGACAGCCUCCACCGCAUCAACUUCAGACAGCUAUGAGCUAUUGAAGAACAUUGGAGGCAGUGCAGAGAGACGACUAAACUACAAGAUAUUGUUGGCAGAGGACAAUGAAGUCAAUCGCAAGGUGGUGUCAUUGCAGUUAAAGAAGCUGGGCUUCCACUGCGACUGCGCUGUCGAUGGCAAGGAGGCAGUGGAGAUGUUCAAGGGUGGCAACUACGACCUGAUCUUCAUGGAUCUGACCAUGCCAAAUACAGACGGACCGACGGCCUCCCUACAGAUCCGCUCUCAUGAAGAGAUUUUUCAUUCACGCAAGAAGGUCACCAUCGUGGCGCUGACCGCCAUGGUCCUGGAAGGCUCAAAAGAUUAUUGCAAGUCCAUGGGUAUGGAUGGUAUGUACAGACAAUUAAUUAAUAAUUGA